ACUGCUGGAAUUUCGGUUCAUUUUUUAUACAAGCAUGCCCUUUAAAGCGUCACGGGGCCCUCGGUAUGAGAAACCCAUCGUGAACAAAACGGAAUUGGAAAUCCAGGAUCCCGGAUUUGCAGUCGUUUAAUGAUGUUGUGUGAAACUAAACAACAUUGGUAAUAAUGACGUCCAGGAACCAUUCAGAAUCCGGCACGUAAUCCCGUUGAGAAGCGAGUGGGACACUUUUCUGCUCCACUAACAUUAGUCAGAGUUUUAGCGGCUGCAUUUGACGGAAUUUGAUUCGCAGCCGAUAAAUUUCAUAGGCACUAGCGUCUAUACUAGUGGACAAGUUUCGGGUAUUUAGGGAGAACAGCGGGCUAUUUAACAGCGGAUUUAUUAUCGUGUGCAGAAGCUGGUUUUGACCGGGCGGAAUCGAACUUAGGACAAGUGUAUAUAAAAGGAGGAAGGGUAGCGGUCAAGAAAGCAAUAUGCGGAGAAUUGUGAUCGAUAGAGCUCGAAGAUUUGUGUCCCAAGCAAAAUUGAUGGCAAACAGCGUUUCUAACCAUUCAUCUGCUCCUCCUCGCAAUGGAUGGCGGAGAGAUUUGUCUUCGUCGUCUCCUCUCACCGUCGCUACCAUUAACCCAAAGGUUUUGGAAUGUGAAUAUGCAGUGCGUGGAGAAAUUGUUAUUCAUGCUCAGCACUUACAACAGGAAUUGCAAACAAAAUCAUCUUCACUUCCUUUUAGCGAGAUUAUUUAUUGCAAUAUUGGAAAUCCACAUUCAUUGGGUCAGCAGCCCAUUACAUUUUUCCGAGAGGUGCUAGCGUUAUCUGACCAUCCAACACUUUUGGACAAAGACGAAACACAUGGCAUCUUUAGUUCUGAUUCUAUCAGUAGGGCUUGGCAAAUCCUAGAUGGAAUUCCGGGAAGAGCUACUGGAGCCUACAGUCAUAGCCAGGGUGUUAAGUCAUUACGUGAUGAGAUUGCCAGGGGUAUUGCUAAACGUGAUGGUUUUCCUUCCAAUCCAGAUGACCUUUUUUUGACUGAUGGAGCAAGUCCUGGGGUUCAUAUGAUGAUGCAGUUGCUUAUAAGGUCAGAAAAGGAUGGAAUUCUUUGUCCAAUUCCACAGUAUCCACUGUACUCUGCAUCUAUUGCCCUUCAUGGUGGGAAACUGGUUCCAUACUACUUAAAUGAGGCAACAGGAUGGGGAUUGGAAAUAUCUGAGGUCAAAGAACAGCUGAAAGCAGCUCGCUUAAAUGGAAUUGAUGUUCGGGCUAUUGUUGUUAUAAAUCCUGGAAAUCCCACGGGUCAGGUUCUAUCAGAGGAAAACCAGCAAGAGAUAGUGCGCUUUUGCAAGAGUGAAGGCUUGGUUCUUCUUGCUGAUGAGGUUUACCAGGAUAAUGUUUAUGCGGAUAACAAAGAAUUCCACUCUUUCAAAAAGAUUGCAAGGAGCAUAGGCUACAGCGAAGAGGACAUUUGUCUUGUAUCUUACCAUUCGGUAUCCAAAGGGUAUUAUGGUGAAUGUGGAAAAAGGGGUGGCUAUAUGGAGGUUACUGGACUUGACAGUGAUGUCAAGGAUCAAUUAUAUAAAUUAGCCACAGUGAAUCUUUGCUCUAACAUUUCAGGCCAGAUACUGGCGAGUCUUAUAAUGAAUCCCCCACAGAAUGGAGACGAGUCGUUUGAAAUGUUUUGUACAGAGAGGGAUGGCAUUCUUUCAUCACUUGCAAGGCGGGCAAAGACAUUGGUGGAUGCAUUGAACAAGCUAGAAGGUGUUACUUGUAAUGAAUCAGAGGGUGCCAUGUAUGCUUUUCCUCGCAUCCACUUGCCACAACAAGCAAUUAAAGCUGCAGAAGCAGCUAAGAUGGUGCCCGAUGCUUUCUAUGCUACAAAAUUAUUGGAUGCUACAGGGAUUGUUGUAGUUCCAGGUUCUGGAUUUGGUCAGGUACCUGGCACAUGGCAUUUUCGUUGUACAAUUUUGCCCCAAGAGGAUAAAAUGCCAGCAAUAGUUUCUGGAUUAACAGAAUUUCACAAGAGGUUCAUGGAAGAAUUUCACGACUAAUCAUGCUUGAAAUUGGGUUUGAUGUGCUUCAAUUUGCACUAUUCGGUAUUAGACCAAAUGAAAUAAUGCUGAUUUUGCCGCAGCAGCGUCUUCAUUUUUCAUUGUAGAUGAUUUUCACUUUGAGACUUUAUUACGUGUACCAGCACUGAUUGAUUUUUUCAAUAAAAUCAUGCAUAUUAGAUCA